CGGGACCUCAUGGACAGACAGAAUCUGACGGUGCCAGCUGACCUCAUCCUGAGUGCGGUCUCCAGCCUGCCUGAGCUGCAGGUCCCCCUGUUUUGGAUCUUCCUCAUCGUCUACAUUUGCACACUGGUGGGCAACCUGGGCAUGAUCAUUCUGACCAAGCUGGAUGCGCACUUACACACGCCUAUGUAUUUCUUCAUCAGACACCUGGCUUACAUGGAUCUGGGCGAUGCCACUGUGAUUUAUCCCAAAAUCUUGGUAAAUUUUGUUGUGGGUCGAAACACCAUUUCCUAUCAUGCUUGUGCCACACAGAUGGCCUUCUUCAUUAUGUUCAUCAUCAGUGAACUUUUCAUCUUGUCGGCCAUGGCCUAUGACCGCUACGUGGCCAUCUGCAACCCUCUGCUCUACCACGUCCUCAUGUCUCAGACACGUUGCCGUGUGCUGGUGGGCGUUCCGUACCUCUACAGCACCUUUCAGGCCCUGAUGAUCACUAGUAAGAUUUUUACACUGACUUUCUGUAGCUCUGAGAUCAGCCAUUUCUACUGCGAUGAUGUUCCUGUGUUACUUAUGGUGUGUUCAAAUGCACAAGAUGUGGAAUUGCUGAUCAUCUUAUUUUCAGCAUUCAACUUGAUCUCCUCCCUCCUGGUGGUUCUCUUGUCCUACAUGCUGAUUCUCCUAGCCAUAUGUCGGAUGCGUUCUGCCGACGGAAGGAAGAAAGCUUUCUCCACGUGCGGCUCCCACCUGACGGUGGUGGUGGUCUUCUACGGGACCCUUCUGUUCAUGUACCUGCAGCCCAAAUCCUCUCACUCCUUUGAGACUGAUAAACUGACCUCUGUCUUUUACACUUUAGUGAUCCCCAUGCUGAACCCUGCAAUCUACAGCUUGAGGAACAAAGAAGUAAAAAAUGCCUUCCACAGAGUCUUUGGGAAUCUCUUUAAAGUUUGUUUGAUGUUUCAUUUAGAGCGCUAG